CUCGUAAUAAUUACCUACCAAGCCCACCUGCAUCAUGUUGAUCAUCAACCUUUGUUGAUCAUGGCGCUAAUACCUAUGUAACAGGUAAGAUCCAUGGAUAACUAACCCCGGAAGACCCUUACAUCCGGUCCAUCCACCUGCGACCUUGCUAAUCUAUCUGCUGCUGCUGCUGCAAGUUUCACGUCAAGCUCCUCCUCUUCUUUGUCGAGCGUCUUACAAAGAAACACAAAGCAUCUACAGGGCGGCGUCUUUCCAUUCCAAGCCGUAGUUUGUAAGCCAUCGCUAUUACAUCCUCCCACAAGGCGGUUCAGAAUCAAUUUCCAGGAUUAUUGCCAUCUCUGUACAGCUUGUCUGUUAACUUUAUUUGCACCUCAAGUUGUGCACAGUCAACUCGAAGGUUUCGAGAAGCACAUACUGCUAGCUCCGUUACCUACAAUGGCUUCCGAACCGGUCGCGACCCCGGGAGCGCCACAAGAGAACGUUGCUCCCGAGAAGAGUGACGUUUCCAAGCCGGAUGAUACCCAGGGAGAGUUCAAAGGCGACCUGAAUGUCUCGACAGCUUUACCUACUGAAGAAGAUCUGAAGAAGUGUGAAGACCUCGUCGUUCUUGACAACAAGGGCAGCUCCCGCACUUUCAAGAGCCUGUACACGGCAGAUAAUACGGCUCCUCGCCAGCUCAUCAUUUUUGUCCGACACUUCUUCUGUGGUAACUGCCAAGAAUACCUUCGUACCCUAUGCUCCUCUAUCACCCCCGAAGACCUAAUCAGUCUCGAAAAACCUACCUUCAUAACAGUCAUCGGGUGUGGCAAGCCAGAACUCAUUGACAUGUAUGUCGAAACUACUGGCUGCCCAUUUCCUGUAUAUGCCGACCCAUCUACCAAGCUCUACGACGCCUUGGGUAUGGUUCGCACACUUGAUCUAGGGCCCAAGAAGCCUGAGUACAUCCAGUCUGGCAUGUUAGGUGGUGCUCUCCGUAGCAUACUGCAAGGGCUCAAGUCUGGGAAGAACGCCAUAAAUGGAGGCAGCUUCAAGCAGGUGGGAGGCGAAUUUAUGUUCGAGCACGGCAAAGCAACUUGGUGUCACCGUAUGAGGAAUACGAGAGACCACGCUGGAAUUCCAGAGAUCAAGGGUAUACUUGGACUUGACGGUACCGCUAAGCCACCUCCCAAGAAGACUUGGGGUAGCGGACUAAAGGACUUUGCUCGACGCGGCUCGAGCUUGGGACGACCUGCUAAAGAAGGAGAGGAGGGAAAUAGCUCGGAGAGCAAGACGAAAAGUAUGACUGGAGCCAAAGAGGAGACCCAGGGAAGCGCCUUGAAGCAGUCUAGUGCUGCUGAAGAGUUGACACCGGUAGAGACGACUCCUGCUGUUGUCCAUGGUGAGCCUGCGUCGGAAGCACCAAAAACUGAGACCGAAGUACGCUCUGCAGCCGACGUGGAUGUUGAGCAUCCCGUCGGAGGUGAGCAAGUCGAUGCGACGGGCGAGGCAUCGAAGGUAGAGCAAGCACCUGCGGCGAAAGCAUGAGCGAGCUAGGUUACGUCUUUUUUUCAGCGUCUGCUUGUCAUACCCCAGUUCUGUCGCAUGCCUCCUUUUUCCAAAUGAGUAAUAGUUAUCCAGUGAUUCGGUAGCUCGGAGCCCAUCAUACUAAUGCUUUCUACAU